AUGGUACGGCAGCUGCUGUUCGGACGAGCUGAGAUCGUCACCGCGGACUCCUCACGGCACUCCCAGUCCAUCAGAGAGUCUCAGUGUAGACAGCCGCCUCCCAGAGGCGCUGAGGGGACUACUGUCCUGGAGCCCAAGUCCUCCACCAGCUCCCCACUGCUCUGUCUCAGACAGCCUCAGACCCGACAGCCACACCCCAGAGGAGCUGAGGAGACUGCCGCCCUGGACCCCAAGUCCUCCACCUGCUCCCAGAAGGCGUCUCCCUCAAGGGAAUGGAUCGUACAUUCCCAGACUCUUGGCAAACAGAGACGGAGAGCGUCCACCCUGUUGGAUCAGUUCUGGAAGACCGAUCAGACGUCCGGAGAAUGCAAAGCUUGGUCAGUGGUCAGGGGGCGUGGUCAGUCAGAACAAGCUGUCAGUCAAUCCGGCUGA